GCCAUUUCUCUUGUGUUUGUCUGUUAGGCAUUUAUUCCCAACACGACCCUGUAUUCUAAAACGGAUAACAUCAAACUCCUGAGGAGAUUUAGUCGGACAUAAAGGUGAAAAGUGCUGUGACUCCAAUCCAACCAUGCUGAAUCCACGUUUGCUGAGAGUGAGGAGCGCUCUCAUCCGACAAUGCAUGGCAGAGUUUUUGGGAACGUUCAUCUUGCUCCUCUUUGGCUUAUCAGCAGCAGCGCAGGUAAAAACCAGCAGAGAGACUAAAGGCCAAACUCUGUCGAUCCACCUGUCUUGGGCCGUGGGAGUCAUGUCAGCCACGUAUCUCACCAAGGGGAUCUCAGGUGCCCACCUGAACCCCGCGGUGUCUCUGUGUUUCUGUAUUUUGGGGAAGCUGCGGUGGGGACAGCUGUUGCCCUAUUGUGUGUCACAGAUCUUUGGAGCGUAUGUGGGAGCAGCACUGGUCUAUGCGCUCUACUACGAUGCUAUAAUGGAGUUUAGUGGAGGCGUGUUGACUGUCUAUGGCCCAAACGAAACAGCAUCUAUUUUUGCCACUUAUCCAUCUGAGUACCUCCCAUUAGGAGGGGGCUUUCUGGACCAAGUAGUGGGGACUGGAAUGCUGCUCUUAUGCAUCCUGAGUUUGACCGAGAAGAGGAACACCCCUGCUCCUCCUGAUCUGAUUGCUCCCAUAGUUGCAGCCAUCGUGCUCGGCAUCGUCAUGUCCAUGUCGGCUAACUGUGGCGCUGCUUUAAAUCCCGCUCGAGACCUGGGGCCACGCCUCCUCACGCUGACUGCAGGCUGGGGAACCGAAGUCUUUACGUGUUACAACUACUGGUUCUGGGUACCAAUUGUGGCUCCAAUUAUUGGGGCUCUUACAGGCACUUCUUUGUAUUUGAUCUUCAUCGAAUGCCAGCUGCCUGAUGAACCACAGGAAAGUCACCCUCAAAUCUGUUCCAUCAGUGGGAGCAUCAAGCCGUCUGUCGCUAUGCAGAAAAAAGGAGAGGAACUAAAGACAACAUAUUUUUAAUUCCUGAAUGUUAGUAAGAGACCUUUAAGCCUUCAUGCCAAUGCAAAUAACUACUAAUUGUUAAUUCUAGUUGGUUGGUGAAAUUUUAUAAAGAUAAAGAAUUUUGCUCUGCAGGUAAAACACAAUCAUCUCCUGAGUUUUGUCAAUGAACUGUGUAAAUCCUAUUUAAAAACUACCAUAAAUUUGCUGCGGUAACAUAACAGAUUAACUCUGUACUUCUCCACAAUUGAAAGUUGCAGUUCAAUAUGCAUCAGUUGCAUCAAAAAUUCAUCUUAAUAUGAACAAAUAAUAGUGAAUUACUUUAAUAUGUUGAUCAAAAGCUGCUGUCUUUUACAAGAAAACUGUAAAAUACACUUCAGCAUAAAGCAGAGUAAUCCAGAGCUGAAGCAAAAACAGUUCUGAUUCGUUCUUACUGAAUUGUAAGAACUAUUCAGUAACUUGUUCUUACUGAACAAGUUACUGAAUUAUUAGAAAUACUGUCCAACAAAACAAAACCUGUUGAGAAAAUCAGACUUGAAAGAGACAGAACUGAUAGAAAGAGGAAACUAGGCGACAUUAGUGGAGAGGAGUCUGAUUGCAAUUUGUAAAGUUCUACACAACAGAACUUGUUUUAUCCUACAUUUGGGUUUUGGCUGUAAAUGGAGCUGGAGCAAGAGGCCACUGAAGAAAACAGAAACCAGGAAAACUAAACUGCAUUUAAACCAUAGCACAAAACCAAAACUCAGACCAACAUGAGAACCGACAAGUCAGGAGAAGCACAGGAAAUUUGUCUAGUGGUGAUUAUUGGUACUGAGACUCUUCAGUGCUGAAUGCUUCAGUGAUUUUAACUCUAUGGGACUACCACAAGGCUCAAUGUUUGAAACUGCUGCCACUUGGUGGUAUUUACUUGUAAUCUUUUUAUUACUAUUAUUUUAAAAGAAACAAGAUCAAUGUCAUGUUUCAACUCAAUGCCAUCAACAGCACCCUACGUUUAUUUCCCCUGGCUAAUCUUAUGUGGCACAACCAAUGUUGCAAAUGGUGAUGUGGGAUUGCACUGUUCCUUUAAACUCAUAUUUCCUGUUAAAUUUUCUUCAACUACAUAUUCCUCAGUAAAAUAUCAGUGGUAGCAGUUGAGUUAGACGUAAAAAGCUGAAAGUUUCUGCAAAGUCAACAACUGCAGAUCUCCAAGCCUUAUGUUGGCCUUCACACAGAGCUCUGCAUAGAGAGUGGGCUUAUUGGAGGCUAUCUGCAGGCUGCAAUCUGAGAAAAAGAUCAUGUCCACAAUUCGACCCUUAGAUUCUUCUUGCCUCAAGCAAAAAUAUAUAGUGGGCUUGGUUGAAAUAAUAUCUUGUUGAUUCACACAAGCCUGUCUCAGAGUCUUCCCUGGAAGAUGACAUAUAAGCUGACAAAUUCACAUUUUUUUAAUGAAUAACAAGACAUUUGAAUUAAUAUCAUGCUGCCAGUUGCUCCCCUCUUCUUCCAACAUGUCAGAGCACCAGUUAUGUAAGUUUCUUUUUAUUCCCUGGUUAAGCUCAGAGUGAUUAUUAUAUUGUGUUCUUUGUGUGUGCUGAAAGUGAGGACUUGGUUCCCUCUUGUGUGAAGUAGGUGCACCGCGUUUGUGGCUACAUUUUUCCUCAGUUCUGAAUAUGAGUAUGCGAAUAUGCAGCUGCAAGCAAAUCUUAAAGGUUAAUCCCAAAGGAUUUUCAAAAUGGCACUGCAACAUUUCCCAGAUGUUCAUACUGUAUGUUAGAAUGUCUAAAAUAAAGAGACUAAACUAGAA